ACCUCAACCCCAUCCCUAACCCAACUAACCAUGGUUAACCAUUCAUGCUUAUAUAACCUCAGUCAAUGUAUAAAUUCUAUAUUUCUCUUCUUCCCCCAACCAUUUGGAUACAUACAUAUAUACAUACAUACACACAUAUUUGCAUUUUGGGCUCUUUUUUCUUCUUCUUUCUUCCUUCUUAAGCCUCAAAACCAACCUAUUUCUUCAACCUUGAAACAGAUAGAACAAUAAAAAGAAAAGAAGAAAAAAGUUUCAAAUUUUGAGGUGUUUUUUGAAGAUGGGUCUCUCAAAUUUUCCUCCUUCAGCUGAAGGGGUGUUGCUGUUGCCAGUUUUAGUGAUGAACACUGUAAUGUCAAUGGCGUUUUUGAAGAAUUUUGUGAGAUCUGUUAUACAAAUGAUGAGUGCCAGUGGGAAUUCUUCGAGUUCUGAGGAAGAAUACGAUUGGGAAAAUAGAAGAGAAAGAAGGAUUUCAAUUACUCAGUUCAAAACUUUGGGGCAAAGCUUCAAUGGGGAAACAGAGGAGGAGUUUGUUUCGAGGUGUGUUAUGGCAGAGUGUUGUGUUUGUCUUUGUAGGUUUGAAGCUGAUGAAGAAGUUAGUGAGUUGUCUUGUAAGCAUUUUUUUCAUAAAGCUUGUCUUUCUAAGUGGUUUGAUAAUAAGCACUUUACUUGUCCUCUUUGUCGCUCUAUCGAAUAAUGUUUUUAACAAUUUUAGGGGUUUUUUUUAAAAAAAUUUCUUUCUCUAUCUCUCUUCCUAUUUCAUUUUGAGUGAAAGAGGAUGAAGUUUUGAAACUGCUAAGUGAUAUAUAAUUAAAUUCACUAUACCUACCCAUUGUAGUUUAAGUUUUUGGGUACUGGUGAUUUAUGUUCAAGUCGUGUAAUAUCAUUUCCUCUUUGAACAAAAAAAUUGUUCGUAUCUCAAGCUAUGAAAAAGUGAUUUAAGAGCAAUACCAACACUUUGUUACUUUGUAUUUGUAGUAUUAAAAUAGGUGGGGGAUAGUGGAAGUGUUUCUUUUUCUUUUUUCAGAUAAAUCAUUUACUGUUUUAUUAAACUCCUAGCCAUGCUAAAAAAAAUACCCAUAGAGACCAAUUUAGAAUUAAAAAGGAUUCUAAAUUUCUUAGAGGAGUUGGGCAGUAGCAUAAAAGAAAGAAGAGUAAAAGCAAGGAGGUUUAAUUGGCUUGGAGCAAUUGGGUAGUCACAUUAGAGGCAAUUCCAAAGGUGGGACCUUUUUUCUCUUUUUUUGUCUCAAGUAAAAAAUCUGGUUCAGAACUCAUUCAUGAUUCAACACAAGAAAUGGUAUGUGCUGGCCAAAUUGAUGACCAGAAGUUCAGGAAUGGGGCCUUGUUGGGGUACACAAUUAGAGGAGAAUUUGUGUCAAAUGUUUUGUUACUUUCUCUAUCUAUCCACAAAGAUUUGAAACUUGUCUGUACUUACUUAUAUUGAACCUUGAAGAAUGAUCUGCAACGAACCAGAUGUGUCUUUCUUGUAUCUAUUUGAUUUGAUAUCCCAAAUAUGGAGCUGUUUAAUUCCA